AUGUCAAAUCUUACCAAACUUGAAUUUGCGGCCUUAGACAUCUCAGGUAAGAAUUAUUUGUCAUGGGUGUUAGAUGCUGAAAUUCACCUAGAUGCUAAAGGUCUAGGAAAUACUAUAUUAGCAGAUAAAGAAGCAUCUAAUCAAGACAAGGCAAAAGCAAUGAUUUUCAUCCGUCAUCAUCUGCAUGAAGGAUUAAAAGUGGAAUAUCUCACUGUAAAAGACCCUCUUGAGUUGUGGAAAAAUUUGAAAGAACGAUUUGACCAUCAGAAAACUGUGAUACUCCCUAAAGCUCGUUAUGAUUGGAUGCACUUAUGGUUGCAAGAUUUUAAGACUGUAAGUGAAUACAAGUCAGUACUUUUCAAAAUUAGUUCUCAACUAAAAUUAUGUGGAGAAAACAUAACUGAUGAGAACUUAUUAGAGAAAACAUUUUCAACCUUUCAUGCUACUAAUGUACUCCUGCAGCAGCAAUACCGUGAAAAAGGUUUUAAAAGGUAUUCUGAAUUGAUUUCAUGCCUUUUGGUGGCUGAACAAAAUAAUGAGCUGCUGAUGAAAAAUCAUGGAAUUCGUCCCACUGGUUUUGCACCAUUCCUUAAAAAGAAUGUAGCAGUACACAAUAAUUAUGAAAAUAGAAAAUAUAGAGGUCGCGACCAUGGUCGUGGACGUAGUGGGGGACGUGGUCUAGAACGUAUUAGUAAUCGUUAUCAUGGUGGUCAUAACAAUGAUACUUCUAACCACCAGAAAAAGAAUAACUGUGAAAGAAAAGAAAGAAGUGGUCAAAAUAAUCCUUCAAAGAUUGUUGAAAAUAUAUGCUACCGAUGUGGUAUGAAGGGGCAUUGGUCACGUGCCUGUCGUACGUCUGAGCAUUUAGUGAAACUUUAUCAAGCAUCCAUUAAAAGGAAGGGAAAACAUAUUGAGACAAAUUUUAUAUCCCAAAAUGAUGAAAUGGAGGCAAAAGAUGAAGAUAUUCACUAUAAUACUAAAACUGGCCAUGCCUACGAGGGUGAUAAAUUUAAUGACCUUAAUAAUAUAACUCACCUAGAUGUGGCAGAUUUCUUUGAGAAUCAUUAG